AUGGGUGUUAUGUCAAGACGAGUAGUACCAGCAUGUGGAAAUCUAUGUUUCUUUUGCCCUUCAAUGCGGGCAAGCUCAAGACAACCUGUCAAACGGUACAAGAAGCUCCUUUCUGAGAUAUUUCCACGGUCACAGGAUGCUGAACCAAAUGACCGGAAGAUUGGAAAACUUUGUGAAUAUGCAUCAAGAAAUCCUUUACGAAUUCCAAAGAUUACUGAUUACUUGGGGCAACGGUUUUACAAGGAUUUGCGAAUUGAGCAAUUUGGCUCCGUAAAAGUUGUUUUGCUCAUUUAUAAGAAAUUGCUAUCUUCGUGCAAGGAGCAGAUGCCACUUUUUGCUAGCAGUCUCUUGGGGAUUAUACGAACUCUUUUAGAACAAACACAGCAAGUCGAAAUGCAGACUCUUGGUUGCAGUACCCUUGUUGACUUCAUAAAUAACCAGACGGACAGUACUCAUAUGUUCAAUUUGGAAGGACUUAUUCCCAAGUUGUGUCAACUAUCCCGGGAAUUUGGAGAUGAUGAAAGAGCAUUAUGCUUAAGAGCAGGAGGAAUGCAGACUUUGGCAGUCUUUGUGAGGUUUAUGGGCGAGCACUCCCACAUCUCGAUGGACUUCGACCAUAUUAUCUCAGUGACUCUGGAGAACUAUGUGGAUUUCACAAUUAACUCAGAAAAUGUCAAACAAGACUGCAAUAACUCUCAAUUUCUGGAGCAGAAGGUGCAGGGAGUACUAAAAACAGAGAAUGACGACUCGUCUUCCCCUGAUAUAAGCAAGAAUAUUUCUUCCAUAUCGAAACUCUUUAGUGCUAAAACAGAGUUGAUAUCUGUAACGGAGACAGCCAAAAGCCCGUCUUAUUGGUCCAGGGUUUGCUUGCACAAUAUUGCUAAACUGGCAAAGGAAGCAACAACUGUUCGACGUGUAUUGGAACCCCUUUUUCAUUGUUUUGACACUGAGAAUUAUUGGUUGCCUGAGAAAGGACUUGCCUGUUCUGUGUUGAUUUAUCUGCAGUCUUUGUUGGAAGAAUCAGGAGACAAGUCCCAUCUGUUACUUUCUAUCUUGGUCAAGCAUUUGGGUCACAAGAAUGUUGUCAAACAACUUGAUAUGCAAGUAAAUAUAGUUAACAUUGCCGCACAACUUGCAAGGAAUGCAAAUCUGAAGUCCUCAGUUUCAAUAACGGGUGCAAUAACUGAUCUGAUCAAACUGUUGAGAAAAUGCAUACAAUGUUCAGCUGAAGCAUCAAGUCCUAAAGAUGGACUUGAUAAAUGGAACCCCAAUCUUCAAUCUGCUUUGGGAAAUUGCAUUGGGCAACUGUCAGAUAAGGUUGCUGAUGUGGGGCCUAUUCUCGAUGUAAUGGCUGUUGUGCUAGAGAACAUUCCAACAGGCAUCGUUGGAGCUAGAGCAACAGUCUCUGCUGUUUAUCGAACCGCACAAAUUAUUUCUUCUGUUCCUAAUGUAUCAUAUCGCAAGAAGGUAUUUCCUGAUGCACUCUUUCACCACUUGCUUUUGGCAAUGGCACACCCAGACCACGAAGCGAGAGUUGGGGCUCACCGCAUAUUCUCCACUGUGCUUAUGCCAUCUUUUAGCAAUCCAUGGUCUGUCAAUAAUGGAAAUCUUGCCCAAACGCCUAACUGUGGAACCCUCCAGGCAUUGAAAAAAGUGAAUACUGGAAGUUUCUCAAUUGAUGAUGAAAGCAACUAUGAAUCGAAUGCUGGUAUUGAAGAAAGAAGAGAGGAGCAAAGUCAAUCAUAUAGCUUUAAGGGUGCUACUGCUGAUGGGAAAAAUGAAACGACUUCCCUUAGAUUGAGUAGUCAUCAAGUGAGUCUUCUUCUUUCAUCUAUCUGGGUUCAGGCAAUGCUGAUAGGAAAUACUCCUGAAAAUUUUGAGGCAAUGGCACGUACAUUUCAUAUUGCUUUACUUUUCACUCAAUCCAAGAAUUCCAGUCACAUGGCCCUGGUGCAGUGUUUCCAACUGGCCUUUUCUCUCAGGAGCAUCUCUCUGGAAAAAGGAGGUCUGCCUCCUUCGCAGAGGAGGUCUCUGUUUACUCUGGCAUCAUACAUGCUCAUAUUUUCGGCCAGGGUGGGCAAUCUUCUGGAUCUGAUUCCCUUUGUAGAAUCAUCAUUAACAGAAGAAACAGUUGAUCCGUAUCUUAAAUUGGUUGAGGAUUUCAAGCUUCAGAACCUGUCAGUUGGACCUGAAGCAAAAGGCUAUGGAUCACAGGAAGAUGAAGUUGCUGCUCUUCGGUCCCUCUCAUACAUAGAAUUAAGUGAUCAGCAAUUAAAAGAAAUUCUGAUAUCCCACUACAUGACAGAAUAUGGGAAAUUGUCAGAGGAUGAGUUGUCAAAUAUAAAGGAGCAACUUUUACAGAGAUUUUCGCCAGAUAAUGCUUAUCCACUGGGACCUCCAUUAUUCAUGGACACACCUCGUCCAUGUUCUCCACUAGCUCACAUGGAGUUCCAGGAUCUUGACGAGGCGAUGGCUAUAGUUGCAUUGACAGAUGAUGGUUCAUUUCCUGAUGGUGGAAGUCAGUCAGGUCGUAAAACGUCACUCUCCAUCAAUUCGCUUGACAUUUUGAGCGUUAACCAACUUGUGGAAUCGGUUUUGGAAACUGCCAGGCAAGUUGCCAGCUUGCCAGUGUCCUCUAAACCCAUUCCUUAUGAUCAAGUGAAGAAUGAAUGUGAGGCUCUCGUCACUGGUAAACAGCAGAAAAUGUCAGUACUUCAAAGUUUCAAGCUGCAACAAGCGGCUAGUGGAAUUCCUUUUUCUGGUGAAAAUGGAUGGAAGGACUCUGUUCAACCAAACAUGGCAUUAGCUCUUGUGGAAGAUGUAAAGUUAACCAACAUCAAUCCAAUUCAGAAACAAAAUCAAUUCAGUUGUUCUCAGGAAUGUGUACAACAACAGUCCUUCAGACUACCACCUUCAAGCCCAUAUGACAAAUUUCUAAAAGCAGCUGGAUGCUAG